UUAACAAGACAAACAAUAAACAACGUUGAGUUUCUUAGCCAACGCUAGCUUACUGCUACUGGAGCUAUACAACAAACAAGGAAGAAAAUAAGAGACCUCAAUGUUAUGGAGCUUUUGUGAGCUAAAAGACAGCCGACAUUACAGCCCACACGCUCAAAUAGAUGCUGUUUUUAGCAGACUAGUGGCCAAAAAUCACACAAAUUAACGUAAAGCUUCCAUCGGUUAACGUUUAAAACACUUUUUUCCGGCCAAGCUCAGUGUUUCGGGAAGCGGGAAAUAGCGUUGUCAGAAAAUGAUUGACAUGUCGUUUGGCCAAUCAGAAGAGGAUGUAUCGAAUACCGCAGCCAAUGUUGUUGAAGAAGAACGGCGGGACAUCCUGUGCGUGACGCAAUUUUCACAGUCAACACUGGAAGCCCCACCUUUUGUGUUUCCCGCACCGUCAAUCAAAAUAGAAAAAAUAGGCUCGAAUCACCGAUCGCAGCCCGCCUCCGUGUAAUAUAAUCAUGUUUGGCGUUUAAUUAAGCCGAGAUUUUUCCUAUUAAAGUUAUUCCCGUAAUGACUGCGCCUGAACAGCCUGUGAAUCGAGAGGAAAUGGCUGCCUUAGACGUGGACAGCAGUCAAAGCGAGUUUCCGCAGCAAGAUGGUAGCAGGGGAGAUCAGGACACGCAGCCGUCACCGCUCGCGCUGCUGGCAGCGACCUGCAGCGAGCUCGGCUCGCCGGCCUCCGAGAGGGAGAACGGCGCUGCCGCUGCUGUGGCAGCAGACCCUACAUCAGUGCAGUUAACCAGCACAUCAGAACGAUGGGAUGGAACCAAGGAUGAGUCAGGCAUUGUGCAGCUGCCUGGCACGGGCAUAGUCACCUCCAAUGGGCAGUAUGUUCUUCCUCUUCAGGGCCUCCAAGGCCUUCAGAGCCAGCCCAUCUUGCUAACAUCAGGGACAGACUCCUCCGCCAACGCAGUGCCUAACAUCCAGUACCAGGUUAUCCCUCAGAUCCAGACGGCUGAUGGACAGCUGAGCUUCUCUACCUCAACGGUGGAGGGUGCCUCGCUGACUCAGGAUGCCUCGGGGCAUAUCCAGAUUCUCCCUGAUGGCUCUCAGACCAUCAGUGUAGCUGGUACUGCAUCAGCUAGCAUCCUCAGCAACAGCCAGAACCUCAUGGCCCAACCUGGCCAGGUCCAGCAGAUCCAGGGAGUCACUUUGGGAAGUUCAACCUUUAAUAGCCAGGGGCAGGUGGUUGCUAACGUGCCUGUGGGUUUGCCUGGUAAUAUUACCUUUGUGCCCAUUAACAGUGUAGAUUUGGACUCACUGGGCCUGUCUGGGGCCCAGACAAUAGCCACAGGGGUGACUGCUGAUGGGCAGCUAAUCAUGACCAAUCAGACAGUGGAAAACUCGGAGGGUUCAGAGAAAGCAGGAGAACAGUUGUCACAGCCAACGCUAGUGGUGAACAACACUAAUGCAGCAGCAGACAUGUUUGUGCCUACCACAUCUUCCUCCUCAUCCUCACAGAUGCCCACCAGCACGAUAGAUGGCACAGGCGUGCUGACCCAGGCCACAGCGGUGCCCGAGCACACAGAGGGCUACCUCUCUCAGGGCCAGGUGUCGGCAGGGCAGCAGGUGAUCCAGCUGCAACAGGUGCCUCUCCAGACCAGUGAUGGGCAAGUAGUCCAGCAGCAGAUAUCUGCUCAGGGCCAGCAGCCUCUACAGAACGUACAGCUCAUAAACCCAGGGACCUUCCUCAUUCAGGCACAGACAGUCACACCAUCAGGGCAGAUACAGUGGCAGACCUUCCAGGUUCAGGGUAUUCAAAACCUCCAGAACUUGCAGCUCCAGACAGCACCAGCUCAGCAGAUCACUUUAGCCCCAGUGCAAACACUAUCUCUUGGGCAGGGGGCUUCACUGAGCUCCACGCCUGUAAGCAUCAGCUCUGGGCAGAUCCCAAACCUACAGACGGUCACCGUUAACUCAGUGGGCCAAGCAGGGAUCCAUCUCCAACAGUCCGAGGACACAGACAGCCCUGGAGAUAUUCACAUUAAGGAGGAGCCAGACUCAGAAGAGUGGUCUCAUGGUGGUGACUCCACUCUGAAUACGAAUGACCUGUCUCACCUGCGUGUGAGAUUGGUGGAAGAGGACAUGGAGGGGAUGGGCCAGGAGGGCAAACGGCUGCGCAGGGUCGCAUGCACUUGCCCUAACUGCAAAGAGGGCGGUGGGAGGGGUUCUAACAUGGGGAAGAAGAAGCAACAUGUGUGUCACAUAGCAGGCUGUGGGAAGGUGUAUGGGAAGACAUCUCACCUGCGAGCCCACCUGCGCUGGCAUUCAGGAGAGAGACCGUUUGUCUGCAACUGGAUGUUCUGUGGCAAGAGAUUUACACGCAGCGAUGAGCUCCAGAGACAUCGGCGAACACAUACGGGGGAGAAGAAGUUUGUGUGUCCGCAGUGCUCUAAGCGUUUCAUGCGCAGCGACCACCUGGCCAAGCACAUAAAGACACAUCAGAAUAAAAAGGGUGGAGGUGGCACAGUGGUGGCCAGCGUGGACACAUCCGCCUCUUCUGACAGCAUCAUCACUUCAGGCGGUACCACACUCAUCCUCACCAACAUCCAGCCGGGAGCCGUGCAGGGCCUUGCUACGGUCAACGCUACCGUUAAUACGUCCAACUCGCAGGAUUUGCUGACUACAGCAGAGAUGCCCCUGCAGCUAGUCACUGUCUCAGCCAGUGAAGCCACUGAGUGACCGACACAUGGGAGCUGAGUAACCAAAGGGGAGGACAUGGUAGACUUUUAUGGAAGAACCACAUUGUAGGAAUGCAACUGAACAUUUAAUUUGGCUGCCAAGAUUCAGUGGCUUCCUUUUUCCUUUCCAUCAUCCUCUUCGAUUUCUCCCUCCUGGACCUUGACCAUAGACUCCCCCCUCACACAUUUAUCCUGCUUUUUAUACACACACAGAUUAUUCUCAUUUACGUAAAUAUAUACAUUUACGUAAAUGCAUAUAUAUAUGCAUAUAUAUAUUUUACAAAUAUAGAAUAUUGAUUUAUGUUUGUCUGCAGUCUUUUUAUGGUGAGAGUGGAGCAGAAGAGAAUCGUUUAAUGUGGUUCCCAUAUAAAAACACUGAAAUGCCUUAUUUUGUAUCAUACUCUGUUGUGUACAAAAGUAGAGUUGCUGAUGAGUUGUAAAGCAACUGUUUCAAUGUGUAUGUGUCUGAAUGGGAGUAGUCUUUAUAAAGGAAGCUGCAGAUCCAGUAAAUGGGAGGGAUGUUAAUCUAAUGUUGUGGCUAGGUUAGGUAAUGUCUUGCCAUUAGUUGGCCACACCAUAAGGGAGGUUUAUCAAUGUAAAACAUGAAAGAACGCUAGAAUGAAGUGUGCGACUGGCCGUUAUGAAGUUCUUCAUGUCCAAAUGUGUCUUUAACUGUUGCUGAUGCUUUUCUCUGAAAACAUGCAUUUAUGAUUUCUUCUAUGUGGCCCUUUUGUUUUGUUUAUUCAAAUUGAGGCUUUGCAAGGCUCCCUCUCUAAGCUGAAGCAUUGUGAAGAAUUUUGCAGGUGGCAAAACAACAAAAAAAAAAACAAUCAAUGUAAUUAAAAACUGUUUCUUUUUCUUGAACCUCUUACAGCUGAUCCGAUGUUAUGCAUUUGUUGUCAAGUCUUUUUGAGCAAGAAAAUAUUUAUAUGAGGCUUUGCAUAGUAAACUGGUUUUGUGGUGUCUA